GCGCGCCUUGCGGGAGGGGGCGUGGCCGACGCCCCACGAGGGGGCGUGGCCGGUGCCGUUCGCCCCCUCCCCGUGGUGGCCGCUUGGGGGCGCCCUGCGGCGGGUCCCGAAGGGGGGGGGAGACCUGUGCGACCCUCGCGCCUUGUGGGGGAUCUGGGCUACGGGCUCCUCGGGAUGGAUGGGGAGCCCCAGCCUGACCCCCACCCCGGUGCAGCUUCGGUCCAAUGGAGUCGCUCCAAUGCGAUUUGCUCUGCAGUGCGGGGGAGGCGGUGGUCUCUGCACCCCUCCCGGUAUGGCUGAGGAACGCACUUGCCUGGCCCCCAUCCCCGCCUCGGUUCCAUGGAGACCCUCGCGAGCCCUCGCUCUGGAGGGGGGUGGUCUCUGGAGUCCCCCGGAAUGGAUGGGGAGCCCCCCUGUGACCCCCAUCCCCGACCUGGUGCACAGCGCGCCCCGUGCCCCCUGCAGUGGGCGGAUCGUGCGACCCUUAUGCCUUUUGGGGAGGGGUCUGGGCUCCGGGUCCCCCCGCUGUGGCUGGGGAACCCACUAGCCCGACCCUCAUUCCCACCCCACUUCCAUGGAGACCCCAGUGAGAUCCUUCCCCUGUUGUGGGAGAUGGUCUCUGGGUACCCCUGCGGUGGAUGGGGAGCCCCAGCCUGGUGCCCAUCCCUGGUGUGGGUUGGCACAGGGAGGCACGGGGGGGCAGCCCUCCUGGGGGACUGGGGCCGGCUGUGCCCCCCAGCCCCGGCACAGGCUGGGCCCAGGGUUCAUGGUUCCUGGGAGGCCCUGAAGCGCUCAGCCCAGCGGGGCCUGUCCUUGCUGAGGGGCUGUGCUGUGCAGCGGCAGCGAACAGCCCUGGCAGCCUCUGCCCCAAAGCUCUGCCCUGGCGCUCGGCUCUCCCUGUGUCCCCAGGGGCUCAGCCUUUAUGGUGUUGUCACCACACGCAGGAGCAAAGUCUGUGGGGUUCAGCAGCUGCUGCUCUGUGAACUGGACAGCCUUUCUGACCGCCUUCCCCUGUGCGUGGGGAGUCUGGGGCCUGCGCGAGGCCCGGUGGGGUGCGUGUCCCUGGUCACCAUGUGCUGCUCUCGAGGAUCUGGCCCCAUGAGAGGAAGGUGCAGCCCCGGGGCUGGAGCUGCCUUGGGCUGCUGCGGGAGGCCCCACUGUGCUGAAGCCUCCCCGUGUGGGCAGCAAGGUGCCCUGGGGAGCAUCAAGUACCUCCUGUGUGGUUCGUAGAGGUGGAGGCAGGCCUGGCGAGGCGGGGAGCUGGCUGUGGUGUGUGCCCAGCAGGGGAAAAGGCCCCGGCAUCAGAUAUGCUUGUGUGGGCAGAGGCAGUGCUGGACGUGUCAGGUGAUGGUGGGGGGUAGGAUUUUCAACUGAGUGCUGAGGGAUAGUUCCUGGAGUCUCUUUUGAUGAGGAUGAAAGCUGCUUCAUUUGUGCUCUCCUCUGCUCCUGCUGUGCUUCCAGGUAUGGCUUUUGUUCUAGGCUGUAGCUUCUUUUCCUUUCAUUGCAGCUGCAAUCCCCAAGAAAACUUUUCAUUUGCAUUUUCUCACCUAACCCUGCCUAGCCUGGGAUCAAAGCUGGUGAUAAGAGCAUAGCCCUGUUGUUAUUGUGAGCUCAACCUUAUGAAAGGAAUAUCCACAGCCUACAGAGCUGUAAUGACUAACCUGAGCUUCACAGCUCCGUAGUGCAUGUUUGCACAACCUCUUUUUCUCUCUGCACCUGCUCACAUCCCUCUCCCUGUGAGUGCCCUUGCUUUGGAGGAUGACAGUGAGUAACACCAGAUUUUCCCAUAUCUCUGGCAGCCAGAGCAAGGGCCCAGGCUGAGUCCAGGGCCUCACUUCAGGGGCAAAGCCCCUUGUAUGGUGUCUUUGUGGGUGUCUUGUGGUCAGUGAUGCUGGGAUGCACAACUCUGAUGGACACAGGUGUGCUGGCAGAAGCCUUGCUGCAGAAGAGUUGUGGUCAAAGCCAUCCAGUGGAAGUAUGGAAUAGGCUACAGCUGUGACAAUUCGUUUGUUAGUUUAGCAAAGGCGAUGCUAAGGAUUUGACUGGAUUUGUGUUUUUGUCUCAGUGGUGUUUUGUUAACUUCUUCCUCUGCUGGUGGUACACAUCAGGACAUGGCAGUGUCUGAGACCAUCCUCACCAGUCCUGCUGGCCAUGGGCUCUGGUGCUGUCUCCUGGCCACUUGCUGUGAGCCUGCUCUGCUGGCCCAGCCUUGGGCAGCCCAAGGGGUGAGGAGUUGGUCUCUGGAUGGGAUGAGAUACUGCUCUGCUCAACACAGCCUUACCCAGGGCCAGUCUGAAGAGCUGCAUGUGAAGUGAGGCCUCCCAGCACUGAGAUCCCUUUCCAGCACCUUGGUGGCAGGCACCUUGCAGAGGGAUCUGGGACUGUCAGUGAGGCAGAGGAGACAGCUCACGCUGUGUUUCCAGUAUUUUGACUCUGCAAAGCCUCUUAAGGAAAAUUACAUGGUUUGCCUUCAAAGAUACAUCCUCUCAGAGACUCUGCCCUUUUGUUUUCUCUCUCUUACCGUGCAGUAAGGUUUAUUCACAGAACCACAGACAGAUUUGGGUUCUAAGGGACCUCAGGUUGUAACUGGCCUGCUCACAGCAAAGCUGACUUGAGGCCUUGUUGUUCAGGACUUUGUCCAGUUGGGUUUUGAGGACCUCCGGGCAGCCUGUGGCCUGCCCCAGACUGCAGCACUCCUCUGGAGAGUCACCUGCUGUCCAUGCAGCUGUCCUCUCCAGCUGUCUGUAGCUGCUUGUGGGAUGUGCCAAAACACUUUGUCAGGUGCUCUGAUGCCUUCCUGCAGCAUUUGGGCAACAGGUAGAUAGACCUGAUGACCAUCUGGUUUUUACCACUUCCAGGUCUUCUAUUUUUUUUUUAUCAUUGUCUUGAUAUCAUUAAGGCAGUUUGGACACACACUGCUCAAGCAUGUUGUACCUCCAAGCCUUUUUUGUUGAGCUUCUGAUUGUACUUCCAAAGCUUUUUUACCCACUCACCCCUUUCCUUACAUUUAACACUACUUUGGCUGUACAAACACCAGGACAAUUUUCUCUUGGACUUGGUGGCUGAGUGGAGCUGGUUCUUGAAGCUGAAUUGCUCUCCAGAUAGCAUUGCUGCUAAGGGUGUACUUAGAUUUGUUACUCUUUUCUGUGUUGCAAAGCCUUGACACUUAGUGCUUUGGGAGAUCCAGGUCUUACUAGAUAUGAGGGGACCCAAGCCACUUCAAACUGCUGCCAGGAUGGCAUUCUGGAUGGAUGAGGAUGCUCCUGUUGCCUGUCUUAGCAUUUACUGCUAUGGUCAGCAGCAGAUAAUGCUGAGAUUGAGGAAUAUUGUCAGUUUUAUUUGAAGUGUUGCAGGCAUUCUCCUGGUAAACCUAAUUCCAGGCAGUCUUGUGAGAGUUCUGAAAUUUGUCCUUCUUGCAUCUUGUGAGAUUUCUGAAAUUUUUCCUUCUUGCACUUUCUUGGAACUGAGGUGAAGUUUCUGGAAUGCAAGCUCAAAAUCCAAUUUGGUCAUUCCUGCCUUUGAGGAAUUUACAGGAGACUCAUGGCUGUGUGUUGCAGCAGCAGCUGCUCAGUUCUGGAGGAUUUAGGCUUUCUGGGUUCAGAGUGGCUGUGAUACCACAUUUGAGGCCUGCAGCCCUGAGCUGGGGCUCCUGCUGUAGGAAAAUCUAGUGGUGAUCUCCUUUCCUGGCUUUGGGACUAUCAAAAAAUUGCUGGAUUCUUGAUGCUGCUGGUGAAAUUCUGGAAAGGCCCUUUUUUCCCCUGUGCACCAGUUUCAGUUGUGUAGGCAGUCCCAGUCACACAUGAAGACUGGCCUGAAGGGGAUGUGGUGAAAGCUGCUGCAGUUUGCACUGAUUGAGAACCAAUUAGACGUUUGGAGGUGAGACAAUGUUCACCAAACCCUGCCUGCAAAGCACAAGGACUUGCCCAGCGGCAUCUGCAGGAGACGUAGCUGACUUGGAGUGAGUCACUGCAUGUAAAACCUCCAAGUCACAGAGGGUUCACAGAUCCCAUGGUCAGUUGUUUAAUCAUGUGUUUAUGAGCUUGUCCAGCUUUGAUUUCCUGCUUUUUGUGUCCUUGUGUGCAUCUCUCUGUAUCUCUAAGGAGUUGUCUGCUGUAGAUGUUCUUACUUUGUGACUUUUUUGAGAUGGGUCACAUCUCCCCCAUUUCUUUUCUGGGAACAAAAUAGGUUUAGCACUGGAGGGUGUUUUCUAAACCAUGGCUGAUUAUGUGUUAUUGUGUCAGAUUUUUAUUUUUUUAAUUUGAAACAUCUCAACUCUUCCAAUAACUGUUAUCAAUUGUAGACAGUAGCCAAGAAUGAGACAGUGAUGGUCUAAUAUGGCACUGUGUGCAAGUAGCACUGUACUGAAUGUCACCAAGUGGGCUUUGUGCACUUUGAGUUUGCAGCUCAGAGAGCUGCCCCUCCAAAAACACUAGUAAGUAACAAAAUCCUUUCUUCUCCUUUCUGGAGAAUUUUGACUGGACUGGAACAUGGUCCACAGUAGUGUGCUUAGCUUACUGGUGAUUCUUUGUAAAUUCAUUUGAGUUGAAGUGAGUUUGCCAAUAUGUAAUAAAGGUUUGCAGUGCUUGAAUGUAGAAUGCUAUCAGCUGUCCAGAUAAACUCAGAUAAGUCACAGCAGAGAAGUUGGCUUCUGCUGUACUCACCACUCAAAGUAUAAUACUGUUGAUGAAGAUAUGUUUACUGAAGCCAUGAUGGUAGGACAUGAUAUUACUUUCUGAAUGUUUUAUUGAUUGAACUGUGUAUUCACACUGUUUUUGUUGAGAAAUACUAGGUGGAGUGUUACUGUUUGUUAGAAAUUUGGCACAAAAAAAUAGAAGCUUCUUCCAGAGAUCUGCUUAGGUCUUAAGACCUUGUAGAUGGGAGGUGGCUGAAAUGUUGAUUUAAGUGUCUUUUGUAGUUACUAGUUAAUUAUUUUCAUAUUUUGAAUUAUCUCUAAUAGUGAAAAAGAUAAUCCGUCAGCCUUCAAAAGUAUUGAAAAUCUGAAUACACGUUCAUGAACGGAAGUCAGGACAGAUACCCAACCAGUUCCUGUUCCUUUGCUAGAGGAGAGCAAUAACUGCAUGGCUGUGGGAUUUUUUGUGGGCUGUAAAGACUUCUGAGAUGUUAUCUUCACCAGGAGGGAGUAACAACAGCUUUUUGGUUUUUUUUUUCUGUCUGUCUUUAAUUAAAUGUUUGAUGGUAGAUACUCAUUUCUGUAGGUAGGCCACAUAUUCCCCUGCUAAUGGUUACCUGAGUUACAGUACCACUGAUGUCUUUAAUAAGCUGGAUAAAGUCCCAGGUAGUCACUUGCAUGUGCUUAAGUGUCCUGGCAGAGAUGCUGCACUUUGAGCUUCCAGAUCUGAGAGAAGAUCCUACGUGCCCCUCUUUGGCAGAAAGAGCUGGGCAGGUCUGGUAGUCACAGGUACUGGGUUUGGCCAUCAGUGUUGUGUUCUGUGCCAGUCCUGCACAUUUGGGAAGGACCCCCAGCUGUCCCAUUACUUCUUUGGAAAUGCUUACUUGCUGCCUGAGAAGCAUUCUGCUGCAGACUGUUGUGCAAGAGACUUUGCUCCUUCGACUUGCUCUUCCCAAGAAUACAUCUCUUACUGAAUACUCCAGGGAGUACUUACUCCUAAGUGGGAGUUCCCAAAUGGAGCAGUUAUAUAUGCUGCUAAGUGCUGGAUUUCAGCACACUGCCUCCUCUUGGUUUGGCCAAGUCAUGUUGCACUGUAUUCUCCUUGCUGCCAGUUAUGUGGCUGGAAAAGAGGAGGAUUUUGAGCAGACCAAACCCCAGUGACUGAGCUGUGCAUCAGCUGGUCCUGGAAUAAGAGAGGCGAUGACUUGUGGUGGAUCAUUUCAGCACCUGCCAGAAACAAUAAGUUGUUUUGUUUCUGUUGUGGAAAGUGAGAAAAGACUUUACCAGAGAUAAAGUGCAUGCUCUGUUUGCAGCUUAGCUCACUGUGAAGCUCAACAGAAGGCCCAGACAAAUCUGACUGCCUGGGGCAGACAGAAGUAGAGCUUUUUACCUUGCUGCAGCAGAGCAGCUCUAAUUUCUUCAGGUUGAGUUUGAUUUCAGAGCAACCCACAGAACUGGAAAAUACCAUUCUUUCCUAUUUUGAGAGCCUCCUUCCUCAUUCUUAUCAGCUGGUAGUUGAAAGCCACUAUAAAGAAUUCAUUGUCAGGGACAUUCUGUGCUUUCCCACUCACAUUGUUUGUCAUCAUCACCUUGGGUCCAGCCUCAACUCUUAGCUCCAUCCGCUUUUCCAGAUUCUUUUAAACACAUCAAAAGUUGGCAUUCAUCUUCUCUGUAUCACCUUGGAGCUCUGCUGCAUCAGGUUGAAAAUAAACAAAAGGAAAAUACUUCUAAAAACUGAAUGUUAAACUGCAGGACUUAAAACCCCUGGAAUUUUAGGAGGUCCAAAGCAUUAAUUGAUUCCAAGUGGGAUUAGGCAGAUUCACAGAGGAUUUGCCCAGUGGAGACUCUUAACAGGGACAUUGUCAGUGCAGCUCAAGCCAAGUGGUUCUUCAGCAGCUGAGUCCUUGGCUGGGGGAUGUGCUGAAGAGGAGCAUCCUGUUAGUUGUGUUUCUUAUACUCUCUCCCCAGGUAUCCAUUCUUGGUGUGAAUAGGAACAGGAUAUUUGAGCACAUGGUCCUUUCAUGGGACUGACUGCAGCAGUCCUUAGCUUUGCACAUCCUAUGAAGUUUUGGUUCCUUCUCCAGAACCUGUGAGCUGUUUUGCUGGGAGGAUUCAGACAGAGCUGAUGAGAGGGAGCAGGGCCUCGAGCACAGGGGGCUGUGCUUCCAAAUAGAGCAUGUGAGUGAGUGAGUGUUCUUACUGCAGCCUUGCCUCUGCAGAGAGGUCUGUUCCAGCCACAUCCUUAUUGUUUGGAGUUGCCUUAAUCUGCAAAAUCCUUCUCUCAGACUUUUCUGUUGGUCAAGGAUGUUGCCAUUAAAUCAGAGUUUUGUCCGGCAUUGUAUCACCUAAAGUUUGAAAGCAGUGUUAAGGUGUACACUGUUAAACCAGAUGCUUUGGUCCACUUGUAGAGCACUUGAGUUACAGGACAAGUUUCUAAAUUGUUGCUUGCAUUAUGCUCUGGGAGGGAAUGCCCAAAUGGAUUUCUUAGGCUCCAAAUAUUUCCAGGGUCUGUUUCUACCAAGCAAAGACUAGGCCAGCUGAAAGUGGGAAUUACUUUAGGAGUGUGACCUUAGUGGUUCAUUGCAAACUUGUGCAAAGUGUCUGAGGUGAUUCUGAGCGGUAUGUUAGCUCUGUUGAGUAUACCUAUAAAUAAAUUUUCCUUCUUCAUCUGGAUGCCUUGAGGUUUUUUUUGCUUAUUAUUGUAGGGUCUGCUGUUUGUCUGUGAAACUGGGUGGGGGGUAUCUUUGAGCAGGAGACAUUGCUCAUAUUCUGAACAGUGGGAAAACAACCUUGUUUAUUAUCUUGGAAGGGUUCUCAUCUGCUUCAAAUCCUUAGGACCUUUCUUUCAGAUAUCUUUGUUUCUAUUUCACUUUGUUGUUAUUUCUGUCAGUCAACCUAAAACAUGUAUUAGAUCCUGCAUUGCUCUGGAAUUGGCUUAUCCCAGAAGUUUUGUCUCAUCUUGUAACUAAAAGUGAACAGAAACACCAAAGUCUUUGGGGGUGAAACUUGCUGAGCAUUUCUAAAGAUUAUAUUUGCUUUAGUUUCUGAUUGGGAUUGUGGGAACAGUGCUUUAUAUGCCACCAGGAAACAGAAAACAUUACUGUGUAUUUAGAUAAAAUAAGGAGGGGGUGGCUUUGAAAUCCAGUUGUUUGGUAUGAUUUCCUUAAAUUCCUUCUUGUCUAAGUUUCAGAAGCUGGGUACCUUUUCUGUCCAAGUAUGUUCUGUUUAGUUCUGAGCAAAUAAUUUGUGAGUGAAAAUUUGCUUGUCAUUUCAGAGGGAAGGAUAUGAAAAAAAGAGUUAAAGAGCCAUCGUCAGUGAAAUUAUAUCAGGCUUCCUCCUUCAUUGAUACAGAUGAGUUAUGCCCACUGUAAGCCCAAAUAAACAAAAGUACCAUGUCUUCUCAUUCAGGGCUUAAAACAGUGCUACAUUUAGAAUUGGAAUUACUCUGAUAGGAAGGGCUAGGUUGUUGCCACAUCAUUUGAUUCUAGUGCCUUUUUUGUCGUGUCUACUUAGAGCCUGUUUGGGGACAUGAUGUUAUUUCAAGUCUUACACUGCCUUCCCACUUGCAGACUCCAGCUCCUUCUCCCUUUCCUAUUUCAGUUGCCAUCUUCUAAAUGGAUUCCAGUGAAUUUUCAGGAUCUUUGGACCCCCUGUCCUUGCCUGACAAACCGCUCAUUGGUGAUCUCCCUGCUGACAUGGAGUUUGGUGAAGAUCUCCUGGGCUCCCAAACAGCUUCUACCCAGGAAGUUUCAGUUCUUCAGCCCCCUGGCUGGGAUCAAUCCAAGCAGAUGACUGCAGAUGAGGACUUGGACCUUGUAGUGAAAGCAGACAGCAUGUGUGAACUAAAUAAAUCUAAUGACUGUGUUCUAGAUAAACCCGGUGUCUUGGAUAUGCCAGAGAAACCUGGUGUUUUAGAGGAUUUGGGUAAAACCUCUGACUUGGUGGAUAAACCAGAGGGUCUGGAUGGGCUGUGUAAGGCACAACCUUCCCAGGACGUGGAGGGUGGGCCAGCAGACUCCUCUGCCCUGUCUAGAGAAGCUGUUGGUCCAGAAACAGGGAAAGAAGGGGAGGAUGCACCAAAAAAUUAUUCUGGGGAUGUAAAAGAAGAUGGUGCUGCUGCUAUUCCUGCACUGUCUGGUGACAAUGCCCCUGAAUCACCCCAACAACCUGUCCCUGACUCCAGGGACCUCAGCAGUGCCCCGGCCACGGAAGAAACCACAGCACAGUCCUCAAGUCCCACAGUGCCCCCACCCCAACUCAGUCUUAAACAAACAAAGAAGAUGAAGUUGAAGGCACCAAGGAAAAGCUCACCUUUGCAGAGGGAAGGGCUGGCAGGGGAGGCAGGGGUGCAGCUGAGCCCAGACAACAGAACUGCAGCUUUGCCCCCUGAGCCUGUGGAGAAAAACCGGGCAGAGGAAGGGGAUGAUAAUGGGAAGAACUCACUUAAAGAAAACAGUGUACUCAAAGCACAGGAAGCCUUACCACUAACAGGAGAAAGCCUGUCUGGGAAGGGAAGCGAGCUGCCGGCUGAAAAGGAGCAGAAAAGAAGUGAACGACCCAGAAGAUCAGAAACUGUCAGGCCUGAGACUGUGAACUCCUCAGAGAGCAUUCCAGUCUCUGACGAAGACUCUGAUGCCAUGGUGGAUGAUCCCAACGACGAGGAUUUCGUCCCUUUCCGGACGCGGCGCUCCACUCGGAUGUCGCUGCGCGCUCAGAUGGCGCAGCGAGCCGCCCGCUCCACCUUCACCAAGAUGACGUGUGCCAACUGCCGGACCCCGCUGCAGAAGGGCCAGACUGCCUACCAGAGAAAAGGCCUUCCUCAGCUCUUCUGCUCCAGCUCCUGUCUCACCACCUUCUCAAAAAAACCGCCUGGCAAGAAGAUAUGCACCUUCUGCAAAAAGGAGAUCUGGAACACCAAGGACUCUGUGGUUGCCCAGAUUGGUUCGGGUGGCUCUUUCCAUGAGUUCUGCACCUCUGUCUGCCUUUCCCUCUACGAGGCCCAGCAGCACAGACCAGCACCUCAGUCUGCAGAUGCCUCGGACACCAGCCGCUGCAGUGUUUGCCACAAACCUGGCGAGAUCCAGCACGAGGUCAGCAAUGGGAACGUGGUUCACCGCAUCUGCAGUGACGCCUGCUUCACCAAGUUCCGGGCCACCAAGGGGCUGAAAACAAACUGCUGUGACAACUGUGGACUUUAUAUCUACAACAAGGGCUUGCCUCUAGAGUACCUCUUCCAUGAAGGCCAGCAAAAACGUUUUUGCAACUCUGCGUGUCUCAACAGUUACAAGAAGAAGAACACUCGGGUCUACCCCUGCAUGUGGUGCAAGACGCUGUGCAAGAACUUUGACAUGCUGCCCAACGUGGAUCGCAGUGGCAAGAUGGGCCUGUUCUGCUCCAUUUGUUGCACUACCUCCCACAAAGUGAAGCAGUCAGGCUUAGUUGGUCCCCCUAGACCCUGCAGCUUCUGCAGAAAGAGUUUAUCUGAGCCCUGCUAUUACAACAAGACAGACCGGGUUGUCUACCAGUUCUGCAGCCCCAGCUGCUGGACCAAAUUCCAGCGCACCAGCCCGGAAGGUGGGAUCCACCUCAACUGCCAUUACUGUCACAAUCUGUUCAGCGGGAAGCCGGAGAUCCUAGACUGGCAGGACAAGGUGUAUCAGUUCUGCUGCAAGGACUGCUGCGAGGACUUCAAGCGGCUGCGUGGGGUGGUGUCUCAGUGUGAACACUGCAAGCAGGAGAAGCUGCUGCAUGAGAAGAUCCGUUUCUCUGGAGUGGAGAAGAACUUCUGCAGCGAAGGGUGUGUGCUUCUUUACAAACAGGAUUUCACCAAGAACCUGGGCCUGUGCUGCAUCACCUGCACCUACUGUUCUCAGACCUGCCAGCGGGCGGUCACCGAGCAGCUGGAGGGCAGCACCUGGGACUUCUGUAGUGAAGACUGCAAAAGCAAAUACUUGCUCUGGUACUUCAAGGCAGCUCGGUGCCAUGCCUGCAAGCGUCAGGGGAAGCUGCUGGAAACCAUCCACUGGCGGGGGCAAAUCAAACACUUCUGCAACCAGCAGUGUCUGCUGCGAUUUUACAAUCAACAGAACCAGCCCAACCUGGACACGCAGAAGGGGCCCGAGAGCCUGCUGAACAGUCAGACUUCAGAGCCAAAACCAACUGUCCCUUCCACACAGAAGGCAGAAACUAACAUGCUGUCAGCAAAGGCCUCCUCAGCCCAAACGUCUCCAGCUGUGCCGCCUCCCGCCCCACCUCUGGUUCCAGCCACCCCUCGGAAAAACAAAGCUGCCAUGUGUAAACCGCUGAUGCAGAACCGGGGUGUCUCCUGCAAGCUUGAAAUGAAGUCCAAAGGAUGUCAGACAGAGGCUGACUGGAAGCCCCAGCUGGUUGUGUUGCCAAUCCCCGUCCCGAUCUUCGUGCCUGUGCCUAUGCAUAUGUACUGCCAGAAAGUACCUGUGCCUUUCUCCAUGCCUGUCCCGGUGCCUGUGCCAAUGUUCCUGCCCACCACACUGGAGAGCACAGAGAAGAUUGUGGAGACCAUUGAGGAACUGAAGGUGAAGAUCCCCUCCAAUCCCCUAGAGGCUGACAUCCUGGCCAUGGCUGAGAUGAUUGCAGAGGCUGAGGAACUGGACAAAGCCUCCUCAGACCUGUGUGACCUGGUGAGUAACCAGAGUGCAGAGGGUCUCCUGGAGGACUGUGAUCUGUUUGGACCAGCACGGGAUGAUGUGUUGGCUAUGGCUGUCAAGAUGGCAAAUGUCCUCGAUGAGCCGGGCCAGGACCUGGAGGCUGACUUCCCUAAGAACCCUCUGGACAUCAACCCCAGUGUGGAUUUCCUCUUUGACUGUGGGCUGGUGGGCCCAGAUGAUGUGUCCACAGAGCAAGAUCUGCCUCGAGCUGUCCGGAAGGGGCAGAAGCGCCUGGUGCUCUCUGAAAGCUGUUCCCGGGACUCGAUGAGCAGCCAGCCCAGCUGUACAGUGCUCAACUACUCGUACGGUGUGAACGCCUGGAAGUCCUGGGUACAAGCCAAGUAUGCAGGGGGAGAAACCAGCAAGGGAGAGGAGCUACGCUUUGGCCCCAAGCCCAUGAGGAUCAAGGAAGACAUCUUAGCCUGCUCAGCAGCUGAGCUCAACUACGGCCUGGCCCAGUUUGUCAAGGAGAUAACCCGGCCCAAUGGGGAGCGCUAUGAACCAGACAGCAUCUAUUACCUCUGCCUUGGCAUCCAGCAGUACCUGCUCGAGAACAAUCGUAUGGUGAAUAUAUUUACAGACCUUUACUACCUGACCUUCGUGCAGGAGCUGAACAAAUCCCUGAGUGGCUGGCAACCCACAAUCUUACCAAAUAACACAGUUUUCUCCCGUGUUGAGGAGGAGCACCUCUGGGAGUGCAAACAGCUGGGUGUUUACUCACCCUUUGUGCUUCUCAACACCCUCAUGUUCUUCAACACGAAGUUCUUCGGGCUGCAGACAGCAGAGGAGCACAUGCAGCUCUCCUUCACCAACGUGGUGCGCCAGUCCCGCAAGUGCACCACAGCCCGUGGCAUGACAAAGGUGGUGAGCAUCCGCUACUACGCUCCUGCCAAGCAGAAGAAGAGCCGAGAUGGCGGCUCUGGAAAACGGAAGCGUGAGGAGGAGGUACCGAUGCUGGAGCAGCGGGAGAACAGGAUGAAUCCCCUCCGAUGCCCAGUCAAGUUUUAUGAGUUUUAUCUCUCCAAAUGUCCCGAGAGCCUGCGGAACCGCAGCGACGUGUUCUACCUGCAGCCCGAGCGGUCGUGCAUCGCCGAGUCCCCGCUCUGGUACUCGGUGAUCCCCAUGGACCGGAGCAUGCUGGAGAGCAUGCUGAACCGCAUCCUGGCCGUCAGGGAGAUCUACGAGGAGCACAGUCGGCUCAGCAGCCUGGAGGACGACAUGGACUAAGGCAGAGGUGCUGCUGGACUGGCUGCACUCCAGCCCUGGACACCUCAUCUUGCUGCUUCCCAUUGCAGGGCAGGGGCAUGCAGCAUAGGAGGGAUGGUGCUGCAGCAGUGCUGUCCCUGCAUCAUUACCAGACUUGGACCUCCCAUCCUGCUCGUUACAGGCAUCCCCUAUGUACGUGGCCCCCACACUCGGCUCUGUCUCCAGUUUUGGCUGCUGGGUGAGCCAUCUUCCCCAGGGUCCAUUCCCAUGCACAGGAGUGGCAGAGUCCCUGGUGCAGCUCCCCUUGCCCAGCCCUGUCCCUCCCCUACCCCCAGCCCUGCCACUGCCCCUCUCUCCCCAUGCCCGAGGGCAGGAAUUGCACAAAACACAUUGCCCCAUUGGACCAGUGGCCCCCAAAGCUUUUACUUCCCUUUUCCUUUAGCAUUCCCUCACAAGGCUGGAGGUAUCAAGGCAGGAGCAGUAGCUCUGCUGCUGGGGCAGGAUUGUCUUUUCAAGCCAGUGGACAUGGGCCACAGACAGCCUGAGAACUGUUGGGUCAGGGGGAGAACUUUUGUCCCAGGGUGGGAGAGAUUUGGGUUGGUUGCAGAGAGUGGAUGGAGCUCACACUGGAAGUCGUGGACAGAGAUCUGGCCUUGCCACAUGGAUACCUCCCUUGCGUGCAGCCAGGAUGCCUCCCUCUCCUUGAUCAGUGUUUUCUGCUGAAAACUGAUGGAGAUGGGCCUGUACUAGUGCUGCCCCUCUCUCCCCACUGUUCCCUGUCUUGGUGUAAGGACCCUCCCCUGUGCAAGGUGCCAUCAGUGGAAACCUCUGCUCCAGCCAGAGGCCCAGGCAUUUGCUGGCAGAAGAAGGCAGCCCUGCCUGGCCUCCCCCUCCCUCCCACAGCCAUAGGCUGCCACCACCCUGCCCAGGGCAAGUCUGGCUCCAGCUGUGCCACUCUGUGCUGCCUCCUGCCCUUUCUCGUGUUCUGGUCAGUUUUCUUGAGCUGUACAUGGGUCUCCUGUUGAGCCUGUAUAUAUUGUUCUGGGCCCUGGCCUGGGGCCAUCUGUUCUCUGUGUCCAUGUGGAGAGUGAGCUGCUCACCAGUCUUGUUGUAGUGAUGCCAGGGCAGUAGGACUAACCCUGUGUCUCUGGAAACCAUUCAUUUCAAAUAAAGAUGUGGAAAACUUUGGCAGCCCCUUGGUUUUCCCCCUGGGCAGGGUGAGCAUUGUAGGGGAACAGGGCCAGUGUCCCUGUGCUGCUGUGCACCUCCCUCCUGUCCAUCCCAGCCUGUGCUCCCUGCACUUCCUACCUUGCCUGUGCCCUGCUGUCCUGCCAGCUCUGGCAUGUGGUGAUGGCCUCUGCCCCAGUGCCCACUGGUGCCAGCAUGGCAUGCCCUGCCUG